ACCCAAACCCAAACCCAAACCCAAACCCAAACCCAAACCCAAACCCAAACCCAAACCCAAACCCAAACCCAAACCCAAACCCAAACCCAAACCCAAACCCAAACCCAAACCCAAACCCAAACCCAAACCCAAACCCAAACCCAAACCCAAACCCAAACCCAAACCCAAACCCAAACCCAAACCCAAACCCAAACCCAAACCCAAACCCAAACCCAAACCCAAACCCAAACCCAAACCCAAACCCAAACCCAAACCCAAACCCAAACCCAAACCCAAACCCAAACCCAAACCCAAACCCAAACCCAAACCCAAACCCAAACCCAAACCCAAACCCAAAGAGUAA